AUGGAGCCUUUAUCAUCUAAUAAUGGUCCCAUUAGGUCUCGUAAAAAUCGGAUUCACUCAAGAAGACCUUACGAAAGAACUGGUACUGCUUCUACAUCUGUAGCUAGUACCACAAAUUCAAACAAUAUUUGGUUAUAUAUAAAUAAUAUGUUCGGUCAUCUCAAUAAUUACUUUUCAAACUGGUUAAAGAGACUUACUACUACUACCACCGCCACCACUUUAGAAGAAACAACAGGUCUUCAACGAACAAUUACUUCACCUGUAUCAUCAAAGAUAUCAACAACAUUCGGUUUAAAUCAGGGUAAUAAUAAAAUCAAUCCUUUUUGGUAUAAAAAUUUUGCUCAAUUGCGAGAUCAAAAUCCAAAAUCGAAUUCAUCACUUUUUAUAUCAUCUUCCUCACAUGUUCAAAAUUCUGUUUCAAAAAAUAAUAGCUUGCAGCUUGAUUCAUCAAAACAAAAGGUUGAUGGUAAUGUUGUCAUUGAGAAACCAACAAUAUCAUUGCCAACACCAUUACCAUCUUUGACAACUUUUGAUAAAUUAUUAAAUAAUAGUAAUAAAGUUGAUAAUAAGCAAAUACAAAAUCAACCAAAAUUGUCUACUACAACUAUGCCAUCCAAUGAAGCUUCAACAACAGCAUCUGAUGAAAAAUCUAAAUCAUCAAAUACACCAUUAUUAAAUUCUCUUCCAUUUUCUACCACAACUACUGAUUACAUAAAAUCUAAAGUUGUUGGUUCAAAUCCUGAUUCAAUGGAUAUUGACAUGGGUUCUGCCACAACCAUUACUUCUCACACUACUACUGUUACUGAUCCUGCUGUUGCUUCUUCCAUCACUACACCUUCUGUCACUAACCAAAAAAUAAAUACAGCUAUAACACAUACAACAAAGCCAUGGGCUUCUUCGCCAAAUUUAUCUAGUAAUCCAUCAACACCACAAACAACACCACAAACUUUUGGAAAUAAUUCAUUGUUUGAUUUUUUUCCUCAAAAUACUCGAAAUAUAUUAAUUAAUCCUAAAACUGGUUUUGUUCAAAAAAAUCCUAAUGAAUCAUCAAUGCAAUUUGGUAGUAAUGGUUUUGAUAGUGGUAAUAGCUUUGGUGGUGUUAGUGGUAAUGGCAGUGCUAGACCAGUUCAAAAUAGGCCAUAUGCUAGACCAGUUAGUAAGCGUCGGAAUAUGAGAAAAUAA